AUGUUGUCCUCCGUGAUUCUCAGAACUCAUGGCUUUACACAAAGACUCACCUCAUCAUUCAUCCUUAGCAGAAAAACACUGUGCUACUGUUCUUCUUCAUCAUCAUCAUCAUCCAUGCCUGCAUCCCAGUCCAUGGUCAAAAGGGUUUGCUCGUUGGUGUGUGAUUCAUACUAUCAGCAUGCCCACAUGAGAGUUUCUUCUCCAAGACUCCACCUUGACGUUGAUGCUGAUUCCUUGACCCACGAGCAAGCUGUUACCAUUGUUGCUUCGCUUGCAGGUGAAGCUGGUUCAAUGGUGGCUCUGAGCUUCUUCAAUUGGGCAAUUGGGUACCCCAAGUUUCGACAUUUCAUGCGCCUUUACAUUGUGUGUGCAACGUCUCUCAUUGGGAAUGCGAAUUCAGAGAAAGCACAUGAAGUGGUUCAGUGUAUGGUGAAGAGUUUUGCUGAGAUUGGGAGGUUGAAAGAGGCUGUGGAAAUGGUUAUUGAGUUGCAUAACCAAGGCUUGAUUCCCAAUACUCGAACACUGAAUUGGGUCAUUAAGGUUACUAGUGAAAUGGGUUGGGUUGAAUAUGCAGAGUACCUGUUUGAGGAAAUGUGUGUGAGAGGGGUUCAGCCUAAUUCUGCUAGCUAUAGGAUGAUGGUUGUUGCAUACUGUAAGAUGGGUAAUGUUGUGGAGGCGGAUAGGUGGUUAAGUGUCAUGCUUGAGAGGGGAUUUGUGGUUGAUAAUGCAACGAUGACGUUAAUGAUCAGUGAAUUCUGUGAGAAGGGUUUUGCAACGAGAGCAUUAUGGUAUUUCCGUAAGUUGAGUGACAUGGGUUUGAAGCCCAAUUUGAUUAAUUUCACGUCUAUGAUUGAAGGGUUGUGCAAAAGGGGCAGCAUCAAGCAGGCGUUUGAAAUGUUGGAGGAGAUGGUUGGUAAAGGUUGGAAGCCUAAUGUGUAUACACAUACAGCGUUGAUUGAUGGUCUCUGCAAGAAAGGGUGGACUGAAAAGGCAUUCAGACUGUUUCUUAAGCUUGUUCGAAGUGAAAAUCACAAGCCUAAUGUUCUUACGUAUACUGCCAUGAUAAGUGGGUAUUGCAAAGAUGAUAAACUGAACCGGGCAGAAAUGCUGCUGAGUCGAAUGAAAGAACAGGGCUUAGUCCCGAACACAAACACAUACACAACUCUCAUUGAUGGGCACUGCAAAGCAGGAAAUUUUGAAAGAGCAUAUGAUUUGAUGAAUCAAAUGAAUGAGGAGGGUUUCAGUCCCAAUAUCUGUACAUAUAAUGCCAUUGUUGAUGGCCUUUGUAAAAAGGGAAGGGUAAAAGAGGCUUAUGAAGUGCUUAAGAGUAGCUUUAAUAAUGGGUUGAAAGCUGACAAAGUCACCUAUACUAUUCUCAUAGCUGAACAUUGCAAACAGGCAGAGAUAAAGCCAGCAUUGGUGUUAUUCAACAAGAUGGUCAAAAGUGGUAUUCAACCUGACAUUCAUUCAUACACCACAUUGAUUGCAGUUUUCUGUAGGGAAAAAAGAAUGACAGAAAGCAAGAUGUUUUUUGAGGAAGCUGUGAGAUUUGGACUUGUACCAACAAACAAAACUUAUACAUCAAUGAUAUGUGGUUAUUGCAAAGAAGGCAAUUUGAGCUUGGCACUGAAGUUUUUCCAUAGGAUGAGUGACCACGGUUGUACUCCGGAUUCUAUUACUUAUGGUGCUCUUAUAAGUGGGCUUUGUAAACAGUCAAAGUUGGAUGAGGCUCGUAGGUUGUAUGAUGCAAUGAUAGAAAAGGGACUUACUCCAUGUGAAGUUACUCGAGUAACUCUGGCUUAUGAAUAUUGCAAGAUAGAUGACUGUUGCUCUGCUAUGGUUGUUCUUGAAAGGCUAGAAAAAAAACUCUGGAUCCGGACAGUUAAUACCCUGGUCAGGAAGUUAUGUAGCGAGAGGAAAGUAGGUAUAGCAGCACUGUUCUUUCAUAAGUUACUAGACAUGGACCUUUGUGUCAAUCGUGUGACUUUAGCAGCAUUUAUGACUGCAUGCUAUGAAAGCAAUAAGUAUGCUCUUGUUUCUGAUUUGUCUGCAAGAAUAUACAAGGAAAAUCGUUUGGCACUCAAAGUCACUAAAUAACAAAAUGUAUGAUGGGCCUUGAUGCUUUCUAAGGCUGGUUGCAUCUAGAUCAGUAACUAGUUGAAUUUUGUAUUUGAAGUAUUUGGGGGUAAAUACCCUUGCCACUAAUGAUGUGAGAUUUGCGACAUCUUGAUACUGAAUUCUGCAUUAGACUACUAUUUAAUGCGAUCAACACCUGGGGUCAUGAAAGGCACCAAGUCUGUAACUCAUGAGGUUUCCUUUGAUGAGCUUGUCUGUCUGUCAGAUGCAUCUAAGGUCAUCUUUUAUUGAAAUAAGUUGGACUGGAAAGGUUCUUAUAUUAUUCUUUUGAUGAUUACAAUUACCUACAUCCUGCAAGAGACAGUUAGCUUUGAGAUUAUCGAAAGUCUCGUUGGCUUGUCACCUGUGAAUCCAUUUUGUA